CUUCAGCUCCUAGUAAUUUAUUUCCCUGACUGACUGCAGUUGGUUAUUUUGCAUGUGCAAUUAUGGUGAUUUAAUGAGCAUUAAACAGCACUUGCACCAUACUGUUGAAUCCAUGUUGCCUCUUACAUAUUUCUUCUAGAAUCCAUGUUGCACACUUGCACCAAGUCAAAGCUCCAAAAUAUGAUUAAUAAAUUCUUUGUGAAGUGCUGUACCCCAGCUAUUAGUUUGAUUAAAAAAUGAGAAGAUGUCUGGUUUUGGAUAAGAUAAUUUAGAAAGAGGUGUUGUCAUGCCAGCUUUAUAAAAGCUUCUGUUACAUGCCAAAUUGGGUUUGUCAACUCCAAAGCUAGUUGUCCAAAAAAAGAACUACUAGAUUGCAAGAUCAAUGUUUGGUUUUUUGUAUGGAAUAUUGCUUCAUCUACAUGGUUGGCGCCAAGCACAAAGGCCUGGGUAAGGUGGCUGUACCAUGUCCUGAUGCUGCUUGUGAAUAGGUAACUGUGUCAGAAUUUUUUUACAACUCCGUAACUGCCCAGGUAAUAGCUUGACUCGCAACAUACAUGUCUCAGUCAGACCAAACCAGUAGCUGUUGAUCAUAUCUGAAGCCACAGAUCCUUUGCUGUACUGUCAAUCUAGCAUGUAUAUCUCUGUUGAGACUUGUAAGGCUUUUUUUAUGGUCUGUAAUGCUGGGUGCUUCUCGGGGUGGUUGAUGCAUGCAAUAGCUGAUAGAUUUUAAAAUAUCCAUUACACAGGAAGUAACUCCAUGUGGUCCCCGUUAAAUAAAAUGGAGACAGUUUAAAGUAUUGGUAGACUAUCAGCUUGAUGAUUUUGUAUCUUUAGCAUACAUUUAGCUGACUCAAGGUCCCCCUCUCUAGAACCAUAGCCCCACUCACCUAUAUACACACAACGAGUUAAACUUUAUGGCAUUCUCUUAGCCCCUGAAAUUAUCCUAGUCUCAUAUCUUUGCUUUAAAGUUCAAUCCCUUCUCUUCUGUGAUUCCAUUCUACGAAGAAACAUGUAAGUAGCAACAUAGAUUCAGCUAAUUCUGUAACAGCAACGCAGAAUCCAAAUCAUGUUACUCUUUUUUGCAACUUUUUUUGGGUUUGAUUUCUCUCUCAGAUUAGUUAGUUGUUGUUCUAUUCCUUUUGGAAACUGCUGUAUUUGUUGGGAUUUGUUCUAUUCAGUUCUCAAAUACUUUACUUUUUAAGUGGAUUAAAUCUGCAAAUACUACCUCCGUUCCUAAAUUCUUGUCGCUGUUUUAGUACAAAUUUGAACUAAAACAGCGACAAGAAUUUAGGAACGGAGGGAGUAUGUUGCAAACGUUUCUUAAUCCUUUGCAAUUUGUUCCUGUACUUCUUCAUUACAAUCUUGAGUUUACUCCAGUCCCGAGAAGUAUAACUGUCAAUUAUCAUUGUUCACUUCACCUCAAGUUGCUGUUGUUUGACUGGUUUUUCUUUCCCAAGAUGCAUAACCUGCUUGGUAUUGACCAUUAUAAGAACCUUACUGAUUCACUAUUUGGGGUUUAAUAGUAAUAAUUUUCUUUCGGCUUGCAAAUUCAGCUAAUUUAAAGAAGAUAAAUCCUGGCAAAUCAGUGGCCUUGGAAGAUCAUUCACUCCCAUUAUCUGAACAACUGCACAAGACCAGCAAAAUUAUUUCUUCAGUAAUUUCCCUCCCAAGUUUGAUGUGGUAGACCCUUACACAGCCAAUAUAUGAGCAAAGAUCCAGUGCAACUGACUGAAGUUGGUCAUUUUAGGGGUAAUGUACACGGCCAUACUGGAUACAUCAACGAUGAGUCAGUUUCGCGAUGGAGAAGUUCCUUGGUAUCUUUCAUCAGAUAUAACUGUACUACCAGCACUCCCUGAAGUCAUGGUUCCUAGUUUUCCACAGUAUAGCGCAUCUUAUAUUGAACGGGGUUUGUGCCGUAGUUCUAUCACCCCAUUAAAUACGUUUUUGCCUGCAAGUAGUGGCCUCCAGUCAACAUAUAUGUCUGCUUCCAACUUUACCUCAGAUCUUUGUAUCAACAAUGGAUUACCCAAUGAGAAGCUGUCUUCCGGAUCACAUAUCAUUGCAAUAUCUGGUUUUGAUACUUCAUUGUCGUCAACACAUUCAUCAUACAAGGAUGAUCCAAGUUCUUUAAGGAUGCUCUAUCCCAAAGUAUCUGAAGAGAUUUAUUGGGUUCAAGAACCAGUCCCAGGAGUAUUUGAUUAUCCAGCUAGCCUAAAUGUUUCUGAUCAACGAAACUUGGUUGUUAGUCAAGAAAUGCAGGACAUCAUUACAUUGGAUCAUGAUACCCACCUUGCAAAGCAAAAGGAGUGGUUCUCAUCUGAGAGUUCAGGGAAAUUUCUGGAAAAUUCAGGAUGUGGUGGAUCUGUGCUUAAGGCAGUUGAUACAAGAAGUACAGCACCUCCAAACUAUACAUAUUUUCAUAUGCAGAACAAUGUAUCAAGUCAUUUCAACGUCGAUGAACUUUGCAGUGACAAUUUCCCUUCUUCAGACACAGCCCCAACCAAGUCAAGGAUGCGCUGGACAACUGAGCUCCAUGAGCUGUUUGUUGGUGCUAUUAUCAAGCUUGGUGGAAGUGAAAAAGCAACUCCAAAAGCUGUCCAGAAAAUUAUGAAGGUUGAAGGGUUAACCAUAUACCAUGUAAAAAGCCAUCUACAGAAGUAUCGUACAGUUCGUCAUCGAUCUGAAUCAUCGGAUGCAGGCACUUCGACAGAGAGAAGCGGACAAAUGGAUGAAAUUUCCUCUCAAAAGUUGAAAGACAUGGAUACUAGUGAAGGACUAAGAACUCAAAUUGGCUUGCAGAAGCAGCUUCAUGAACAACUUGAGAUCCAAAGAAAGCUGCAGCUGCAAGUAGAAGAACACAGCAAGUACCUCGAGAUGGCAAUUGCGAAGCAGGGUGAGAGCCUAAAACAACUCGGAGCAUUACCAGUGUUUGAAAAUUCAAGAACGCAGGUUUUGGAUCACAUCAAAGCAUGCGAAGACCAAACUGUAGAUUUCAGCGGAAGAGAGGCACUGAGAAAUUGAAUGCUCUGUGACAUAUCAAUUAUUGGGACUUACAAACAAAAAUACUUCAUAAGGCUCACUGGCAGCAGCAAGCAAGAUGGAGAGCUGAUUUGAUCGUGACAAGAGUAGCUCAUCGGCUGCGAAAAGUGAGGAUGACAGGCCAAUUUUAUUCAGAUGAGAGUCAGUUACUGCCUUGUUUUCAGGCACCGUUAUUGCGAUCCAACUCGCUACAACAUUUUGAAUUUACAAUUUACAAGAUAGAAACCCUUUUCUUUUUCAUAACAAACUAUGACCGUGCUGCAUUUUAUUGCCAGUGACCCACAUUGUUGGCUUGUUUCA